GUACUUAUUUGUAAUUAACCUUUUAGGUUAAUACUCGGCCAAGUAUAAAUAACUAAAAUAAGUUGUAUGGUUGAGUUUCAGAUGUAACGCAUACGUGAACAAUAAAAUAUAUUUCGUGCCGUGGACUAGUCUCAACGAUCAUCAUUGAGGAAACCACGUAAAUCUCGUGUUCUAUGUUUAUGUUCUCUCAAUUCAAUUUAGGUUAUUGACAUGGUAUCAGAGCCUCGCACUUUUAAUCUCUGAGUUCGUGUUCUGGUCUGUGAGCUGGGUUUUGGCUACUCUUUGUUCUGGUGCUUCUCGUUGGUGGGCGGCCGAUUUUUGGGUUUCUUUGUCAGCGCCUCUCUUGGUCUCGGCGGCCGCUAAUGGAUUUUUAUUUUGUGGACUCGGCGGUGCUCUUUCUCCAGGUUCCCUCGGCGGUGUUUUUUUUUUUCUUUCUCGGCGGCAGUUUGGAUCAAGCUUCUUCCAGCGCUUAUUCGAGAAUUGGCGGUGGUAAUUUGUGUUUUGGGAUUUCUUCUCGUGUGAUUGGACCAAGCCUCUUCCAGCACCGGCUUGUUGGGCGAGAUCAGAGCUGCAACCUCUGUUCUUCCCAGCUUGCGUGCCCUUCAUUUAGUCAUUUUCAGAAUUUUGUUGCCUCGAACUCAGUCUCUUGAUGUUAUUCUUCCUAUGGAUCUCUGGAUUAUGUCUCAUGCUGUGUCUGGAGUUCCUCUGGAUUUCUCCUAUCUUCUUUAUGGUGUCUUCAUGACUUUCGGAGACUCCAGUUUUCCAGGCCCACUUCCUUUUGGACCACUCAUUACUCAGCUUGUUCUUCGUCUAGGGAUUAGGAUUUCUCUCUUUCAAACUGAGCAACCCUCCUGGUUCUUCUCUAUUGACCAAGUUCUUGAUAUCUUGGAGCUUGCAAACGAGGGGGAGAUGGAUGAACCUGCAGAAGCUGAUGAUGAACCUGAAGAAGACCCUAAUGAACCGAUAGAAGAAGCUACUGGCGAAACUACUGGAGAAAACGAUGCUUCUGUUCUUGAUCAUUUUGCUGCAGCUCUUGCCUAUGCCGAAGAAGGGUUUCAAGUUGCUGCUGCUGCUGCGGAAAUAGCUGGGAGACUUGUGGACUACAGUUAUGAUGAUGACUUUGGUUCUGAUGAUGAUUGAGUGUUUUUUUUUUUUGUCAAGGGGAGCUUUCAGUUAGGGGGAGAUCGUUUGUUCUUUUUGUGCACCAAACUUGAAACUUCUCUGGUGUGCUGCUGCCUGUUUUGUUGAAUUGUUGGUUGGAUGUUUUUCAUGUGAUGAUGCUAUGCUUGAUUAUUUGGCCUGCAGUUUCUGUUUUCCUUGGGUAUAUGUGGUGUCUUUCUCUUUGCAGGUUGAUAGUCAUUUGCAAGCUCUGAUCUAGGGGGGAGAUUGUUGGGCGAGAUCAGAGCUGCAACCUCGAUUGGCAAGGCUGGAAUAUCAAAGUUGCUUCCAUCAGAAAACGAAAGAAGUCCAUUCAGGGAAACUCUAUCAAUGCUGAUGCAACGGACCUUUUUCUUCCCAAAGGCUACAGUCUUGGUGGCUAUAUAUUGUCGAGUCUGUCGCACAUUCUGAUUAACUUUUCAACUCAGAGACAUUGAGUGGUAUAGGACUGUGUAGUUGAGUGAAAAGGGUGCGCUUUCUCCAGGGGUAUAGGGUCUGAGAGAAGAGGCUGAUUAUCUUUGCAGAGUUUUGGGAUUGAAACUCUCGUUGUCUUGUUCGUUCUAGUUGGAUUUAUCUUUUCGUUGUAAUUGUGUUGAUCAUAGCAGAAAAAUCAAUAGUGUCUCUCGGC